AUGGGUCAACGUCACCAAGUAUUCGUUGUGGCACAAGUCAUACCCAAAGGCACGCCUGCUGACUCUCACAGUCAAGGGUAUCAAUGUAUAGUGGCGCUGCAUCACCAAUGGUGUUAUGGGCGCCUGCCAUUGCUUGCUACUCGUCGCUUUUUAACACUCUUGAGAGUUCCUGAAAAUGCGGAGAUCGUUCGUUGGGAGCUUAACGAAAUUCGAGCCAAUUGGGAGUCACUAGACGACAAUGAGAAUCUUUGUCCAUAUAUCGCAUCUUUACUCGUGUCGUGCUGGUCGGCAUCUUUGGAGCCGCACAAAACCUAUGCCACUGGGACGAGCUGUCAUUUAUUGUCACCUUUCAUGGGUAGUGGGGAUGGAGACAACAAUGACGGGAUCACUAUCAUCGACAUUACAGAUUGUCAAUCUCCUGCUUACUGCUUUGUAUCUGUGGGUUCCAUGGAAUCAAGGGUUCGCGUCCCUUCAUGGAGGCCAUUGACGGCUGAACGGUACUGUCGCGCGUACUAUCCACGUCCUGAUCCAGAAAUUCUUGACCAGGAUGAUGAGGCUCGCCGUCUUGAGGAGAAUGUUGUUUCUAUCAUUGCAUCGCUUGAUAAUGAGACUGUGCUUGAUUACAGCGUGCUCGUGGAUACCUGGCCUACGGAAUACAGGAAGAAAGUACUAUCUGCUUCUCCCGCACAUGAGGCACCCACACUCAUUCCUAGCCUUAUUGAGAUGUCCAUCGAGCCUUCCAUCGCUUCCGUCAUACAAGGCGGGGACACCUCAUCAAUGCGGAGCGUCAUGGCGCAGCCUGACAAAUGCCCGAUUGUCAGGUCCAAACUCAAGGAGCUUUCCCCUUUCCCCGACGAGGCAAUACCCUUAUUACUCGACCUCCUCAGAUUAGAGCUUGAACUGAAUCCCAAGCUCCUCGAUCUGACGUCUCUGUCUUUACACACAGCCCAAAUUCUUCGACUUCUCACUUCGUUUGAGUCCAUCGAAGAUCUCAAUCUGUCUCACAACUACUUGGUCGAUAUCGAGACCGUCGAACAGAUCCUUUCCAAGCCUUUAAGACGUAUUGUUCUUCUUGGCUGCUCAUCUUUCGACGACGAAGACGUAGCUUCGCUUCUUUUUGAGAAACCCGAACUCUUCCAGUCCCUUGACGCGUUCAUUCAUCCGUAUUUCUUUUCACCGCAUCCGGAUGCUCCGAACGUUUUUGCUAUUGCUUCUAUGAACAUGGGCCGCACCCCGUAUUGGGUCUCCGUCCCGUACAUCAGUCCUUCCCGUGUCGUCCAAACCUUGAUCGACAUAAUCACAGCACUCUUGGAAGACAAUUUGAUCCUGCGCCAUAGUUUCGCGGUGGCAGCUGGUAUCUCGGGCUGGCGCGGGGACGAAGAGUCUUGGGACAAACGGAGCGUUGUCACUGUCCCAUCGGUUCGACAUUGCCCCAAAGAAGGUUGGGCAUUUUUCAUUUCAGUCGACAAACUCGCCUCUACGAUUUUUAACUCUGGGUGGGCUUUUGUCGAUUUAUCAGAGUCCGCGACAGCCAGUUCCAAUCCGGACGUCUCAAGUAUCGUUGAAGAGGACUCACAGCCUGUGGAGUCUACACAAGAAUCAAAAAGCGCCCCUUCCUCCUCUGCUUACACUGUGUAUGGCUUGCGAGAAUUUCUGAAGCGAUUUUCUAUCGGGCGUGUUCCCGCCCCGGAGGAUAAUAUUCAGCGCCUAGAACAGUUGAUGAUUGAUGCAGAUGAAGUAUUUAAAACUCAACAGGCGGAAGCGUUGAGGCCAACACUGCCCCCACCGAUGUUUGAUAUUCAACAGGCUCUUUUCCAACAACUGCAGGGGGUCUUUGAGCAGGCGCACAAGGAUGGGAUAUUCAAACAGAUGACGAGUGAGAAUGUUGCUGGAUUCAUAAGAAAGGAUGACCCUCGAGUCUCUCUCUUGUGA